ACAAAGAACCGAGAAGUCCGCUCAGCAUACCACGUCUAUGCUUUGGCUCUUGAAAAAAUAAAAAGAUGUCCUAGCACUGUCGAAGGAAGGUCUCUGAGCUGUAGCAAUCGGCAGCGCUGCGUGCUCCUUCUGCAAUACUCUAAGAUAGACUAACCAAGGGCUUUCUCCUAAGGUAUGAACUUUUGGCCAUGGGGGACUGGAACCUGUUGGGCAGCAUCCUCGAAGAAGUGCACAUCCACUCCACCAUAGUUGGCAAGAUCUGGCUCACGAUCCUAUUCAUAUUCCGGAUGCUGGUGCUGGGGGUGGCUGCCGAAGACGUGUGGGACGAUGAGCAGUCUGAGUUCAUCUGCAACACAGAGCAACCCGGCUGCAGCAACAUCUGUUAUGACAAAGCCUUCCCCAUCUCCUUGAUCAGGUACUGGGUACUGCAGAUCAUAUUUGUCUCUUCUCCAUCGCUCGUUUACAUGGGCCACGCGCUCUACAGAUUACGGGCUCUCGAGAAAGAGCGACAGAGGAGGAAGGGCCACCUGCGGGCUCAGCUGGAAGACCUGGAGCCCACGUCCGAGGAGCACAGGAGAGUGGAGAGGGAGCUGCGCAAGCUGGAGGAGCAAAAGAAGGUGCACAAGGCACCCUUGAGAGGCUCCCUGCUGCGCACCUAUAUCCUGCAUAUCCUGACCCGCUCGGUGGUCGAAGUGGGCUUUAUGAUAGGUCAGUAUCUUUUGUACGGGUUUCACAUGUCCCCCCUUUACAAAUGCACGCGCCCCCCUUGCCCUAACACGGUGGAUUGUUUUGUGUCCCGACCCACAGAGAAGACCAUCUUUAUGGUCUUCAUGAACAGCAUCGCCGCGGUCUCCCUGUUCCUCAACAUCCUAGAAAUCGCCCACCUGGGCCUCAAGAAGAUCCACAAGAGCCUGUGCGGGCGGCCGCGGCGGCCGGCGGGCCCCGCCGAGGAGGACGCCGGCCUCUACCCGCCCCCGAAGGGCCCCGCGGCGCCGCCCCGCCCCGAGGAGGCGCCGCGGGCGGCGGGCGGGGCGGCCGCCUCCCGCCGCGCGCCCCGCAAGCGCAGCCGGGUCAGCGUCUGCCGCGACCUCGACGAGCAGCGCGGCGACUCGCCGGACAGCGGGCACUGCCCGGGCACCCGCAAGUCCAGCUUCCUCUCCCGCGUCCUCGCCGGCAGCCGGGCGGGCAGCGACAGCGAGAGCACCGCCUCCCGCGGCGGCUCCGGGCCCGGCUCCGGCCCCGGCUCCGGCUCGGAGGGCAAGCGCGGCGAGGAGGGCAGCUCGCCCGGCGGCCCGCCGCCGCCCGCCGCCGUGGGACGCCGCAAGUCCAUGAGCAUGCUCCUAGAACUAUCAUCUAUCAUGAAAAAGUAAUGACAUUCUGAGAAGAAAUAAACCAAGGGAUUGAGCACAAACUGCCUUCAGCAGAGAGAUAAAAAACAGAUUAUCUGUUGCUAUGUUCCCCUCUCCUGCCACUAUAAUGCUAAAUUUGUAAUACAGUUUAAGAAAGCAAACACUUUGUUCCUCUGUUUUAUGCCAGUCCCAACCGUAUCAUACUCUGAUUGCUGGUGUUAAUGGGCAGCUCACUCCACAACUCAAGAUUUUUCUCCUGUAGACUGAGCUGGAUCUGCUCAGUGUGUGCUGCCACCGCAGGAAUAGCCUUGUGUCCUUGGGAGAACAUUUUGGGAUGUACAACUUGCUGUGCACGCUAGCAGUGUUCAUAUCAGAAACCAGCCUGAUCUGUAGACCUUCAAGGUAGCGGAAGACCCAAGGCACCUACAAGAAAGGGUUAGUUCUAUCUGAAAGUAGCCUGAAAGGCUACGUGGCCUCUGUCUCCCCAGACUUCAGCAGCUGAUGAAUAAAUGAUGGAAGAAACGCUCAAGGAAUCUGAUGGGACAGAGAAUUUAAGAGAGAUAAAAAACCAGCUGCAGAAUAUGCUGCUGCUUGUCUGCCUGUGUUAACGCGGCCCUCGAGCUCCGAUAGAGACUUCCCAUGCUAAUGUAGCCUCCUUGUAGCCAAUACUUUCAGCUUCGAAACUGAAACUAAGUAAAAUCAGGCGAUUUAUUUUAAAGUGCAAAACAUCUGUGCUUCAGUUUGCUGUUCAAGAAGGUCUGCAAGGUAUCACCUCAGGGUCAUGAACAGCUUAUUCCCUUAACUGCCUCAUUAGUUCAUACAGAGAAACUGAAAGAGAAGCAAAGCCAAAAAGAGCUCAUUUUCAGUUUGCUAGGACAGACUAGCUCUGGAAGGUUGGAUUUCUGGGUUGAAGGAGGCCCGAGAAAGCAGCGCUUCCACUUGCGUAUCUGUAAAAUAAAGCACCUUCCUCUGACUGUCCCUGACCCUGUUUCUGGCCACAUGCUUUUUGGCUGAUUUUAUAUAUCAAGCUUAUCAUAGCUCGCCUUUGCUAUCACCACAACGGCAAGCGAUGCUUGGAACAAGCUCAUUUGCUAUGCCCGUCUCCCUAAGCAGAAAAAUCCACUAUGACUUGACACCUCUAAGGCAAGGUUAGAAAGAAAGCAGGACAGCAGGAAAAAAAAAUAUUCAAGCAUAAAGAUUGCCUGAGGUUACAGUGGAUUUGUUCUAGUGUACAUGAUUUACAUUCAUAUUCCGCCUCACUACAAACCCAUUGACAGUUUGCCUGUGCAUUUGUUUAGUAUUUUAAGUGAAAAAAAGGAAAUACUUAAGAUGGUGGCCGUUAAGUGUCAGCAAGAACUGAUCAGGGAUGGAGAAACAGCUUUGCUGAAGUACAUUCUCUACUGUCAGGCUAUGAGUAGUAGAUGUGGUGGAUGCUCUGUCUUCUGACAGAUUUGAGGGGGUGGGAAGCUUUCCUCAUACAUGCUCAACAGGAAGAUAGAUAAAGCUGGGGAACUCUGGAAAGUAACAUGUUCGGUUUUCUUCCGUGAGAAUUUUAAGACUGAGGAAUCGCAGGCACGUGGCGGACGCAGUUUGCAUCCCUGUGGAUGGUGGUCCAGGGCACACGAUCUAGGGUUUCCUGUCUGGUGAUUAAAAAGCCUGGGGACCUCCUUGUAGCAGCUUGCCCGCCUCCCUGCUCCCCGCAGCAGCAUCCCAGCAAGUGUGGGGACCAAGGCAGGACAACUGGUCAUGCCACUGCCCCCUUCCCAGGCCUCCUCCUGCCAAGCUGCUGAGCAGCUCUCAGGUUGUAUCCAACCCAAGGACGGAGGUGGCUGACAAUGCACCCUGCUGGACCCUGCACCCUGCAUGUGGCCAUAGCACCUAAAGGCUGCAUGUGAUUUCUUUUUGCUUUUCUGGAUCUUCUGCAGUAUAAGUGAUGCCAAUGGUCCAUGGCACGAGUUCCUCCAAACGCUACCUUAUUUGGGUUACACACAGAGAUUUUCAGCUAUAUUUUGUUUCUACAGAGAGCUCUCUCAAUUUUUCUCAGGUUUUCAGCAAGGGGGGAACAUACCCCAACCCCUCCCCUUGCUUCCCAACACACACACUGACACUUCAGAAGACCAAAACAAAGACUUUGCAGAAUUGCCUUAAGUCAAGCACUAGGGGAUGGGUAUAGGUACAGCUUAUUUGAUCUUCCAAAGCAACUUACUUCAUCUUCACAAAGAAAAACCCUCAGCUGUUCCUGCAGCAGAUAAAGAUAACUGGAUCCCUGGAUGAAAGAUGACUAGUGAAUUAGCAGUGGAACCUUGUGAGUGGAGAUCUCCUCAUCAGUCCAGAGAUUCACCGGGCACUAUCAACCACAUCCAACCUACUGCCACCCCCCCCACCCCCCCACCCCCACCCCCGGAAUCUCGCCUACAACCUGCACAUUAACUGAGCACCGCAACAUCAAUUUCAGAGUCAAGAUGAGUCGAUUUACAAUACAUAAUGAUAUGUCUUUAUUUCAUCAACAGAAAUGGUGUCUAGACAAAAUUCAGUUAACACUAGCAAUUCAAAUGAAUGAAAAGGGUCGGGUGGUUUUUUUUCAUUUUUGUUUUUUGCACAAUACUGUAUUUACAAUGAGUAAAUGACAUUUUAAAUUCAUUAGUUCAUAGCAAUGCUUUCUUCCAAAAAGGUAAAAAUUCUUAGUUAACAGAGAGUAAGCAUCAACAGCCACCUCAUUUAUUUAUACAAUAAAAAUCACAAGAAACCACAGUCACCUAGAAAAAAAAUAAAGACAAGCUUAAGAACUAGUACAAUAAAAUGAU